AUGUCAAGCCCACCCUUGUCAGUAGAUAGAGGAAGAACUUGGUUCAGCUUCUUCCAGUAUGAUGAGGAUCGGGACUCCCCAAGUGAAGCUCGGAACAUCCUUCUAGUAAUCGCGACCCUGAUCGCGAGCGUGACCUUCCAGGCUGGAGUUAACCCUCCCGGUGGCGUAUGGCAGGACAACCGCAACGGGCACAAGGCGGGGCAGGCAAUCUAUGCUGCACAGGAAGGAGCCUUCCACGUGUUCCUCAUCGCCAAUACACUCGCCCUCUCCACUGUGAUCCUCGUCAUUGUCUCUCUAACCUACCGGUUCCCUUGUUAUUUCGAGGUGUGUGUGGCCACGGCCUCGAUGAUUGUGACCUACGCUUCUUCCAUCUUUGCUGUCACGCCGGACGAGUCAGUGAGGUUCCGGUAUAUCUUGCUCGCUGCAGGAGUACCCUUUGCCUUCCGGGCUUUAAUUCUGAUAUGCAAGAAGUUUAGGAAUCCUAAGACUAUAUAA